AAUGAGAUAUCAGGGUAAUCGUACGCUAGAAACAGUUAUACAAUUUGUAUUAAUAGUUUGAAAAUGAGCGAUCCCAACGUGGCCAACCUGUUACCAUUGUUCGAUUCCUCCUAAAAAUUGAACUUUUAUAGAAUCUUUUUUUUUUUAAUUUCUAUGCAACCGCUCGGUUUUUUCAGCUUCGCCCUUCCACAUUUCGCCGUAUUAUUUUGGUCUCUCUCUCUCUCUCUCGUUCCUUAGCAAUUGAUUUCUUCCACCUAGGGUUUUUCUGCAUUCCCAUUCCUCCUUCCAACGCUUUUUCCUCCCCGUUCGCAAUCGCAAUUGCAAUUGGGUUUUCGUUUCCUUCCAUCGGCUUCCGGGGUCUCGCUUGAAUUUUGGAAUUAGGGUUCCAAGUCUUACUCCAAAGGCCAUCAAUUCGUGCUGGAAUUUCUGGCUUUUGGAGCCGCAGAGAUAGGGUUCUUCCAUUUUCUGAUUUUUCCCCUUGAAAAAAAAAAGGAGGUCAACGAAUUAUUGGUGGUGAGUUGUGGGCUGAGCCUGCAACAUUUGUUAUAAACUGGAGUUAUCACAAUGUUGGGUGUGAAUCGUAGUGGGUUUAAUUUCUCUAGGCGUUUUCUGCAUCUAGCUGAGUGGCAUCCUUUAGAAUAGCAAUGUUAAAGAGGGCUUGAGGCCCUUAUCUUCCUCUCGUAUCAGGGUCAGCAGAGAGAGAACUUAGUUAUUAGGGCAUUUGCUUUGGCCAUUUGAGGUGAGUCAGGUUGAUGCUGUGAUGGGAGAAUAUAGGAGUUUUUCAUUUUCCAAGAUGAUUGGCUGCUGGGGUUGCUUCGGCUUCAUUAAAAAAACAAAACGACGAGGGGCUAAACGUAGCAUCAGCAAUUUUCUGUCCCAGGGGCUAUUAUUGGAUGGAGAAACUGAAGGUGAUGAGACCUCGUAUAGUGAGGGUACAAGUAACACCGCCAGUGGAGAUGAAAAUGAGAUGCUAACUCAACACAACCGUUCCAAGGAAAUCUUGAACUUUAGAGCAGAAAAUGGCAUGAUUUGUAGGCCGUUUCCUGUCAAGGAAACUUACAAACUUGUUCGCUCAGAGGAUGAAAAUGGGAACAAGAUGAUAAAUGAGUACAUUCGAGAGUAUAAAAUUGGUUCUGGAAGCUAUGGCAAAGUGGCUCUUUAUCGAAGUUCUGUCGAUGAAAAGCAUUAUGCAAUUAAGGCCUUUCAUAAGUCUCAUUUACAGAAGCUUCGAGUUGCACCUUCUGAGACUGCCAUGACUGAUGUUCUACGUGAGGUACUUAUAAUGAAAAUGCUGGAACAUCCUAAUAUAGUCAAUCUAAUUGAGGUGAUUGAUGACCCAGAGUCGGAUGACUUCUACAUGGUACUUGAAUAUGUGGAAGGCAAAUGGGUUUGUGAGGGUUCAGGUCGUCCUUGUGCAUUAGGUGAAGAGACUGCUAGGAAAUACUUGCGUGAUAUAGUCUCGGGAUUAACCUAUCUUCAUGCUCAUAAUAUAGUGCAUGGAGAUAUAAAACCUGACAAUCUGUUGAUUACUCGUCAUGGCACAGUAAAGAUAGGGGAUUUCAGUGUCAGCCAGGCCUUUGAGGAUGGUAAUGAUGAACUUCGUCGAUCACCUGGAACCCCUGUUUUCACUGCACCAGAGUGUUGUUUAGGCCUUACUUAUCAUGGUAAAGCUUCAGACACGUGGGCGGUAGGAGUUACUUUGUACUGUAUGAUAUUGGGUGAAUACCCAUUUCUCGGUGACACACUUCAAGACACUUAUGACAAAAUAGUGAAUGAUCCUUUAGUUCUUCCAGAUGACAUUAACCCCCAGUUGAAGAACUUGAUAGAAGGAUUACUUUGCAAAGAGCCAGAACUACGGAUGACAUUGGGCGAUGUUGCUGAGCAUAAAUGGAUUAUUGGAAAUGAUGGGCUAAUUCCUGAUUACUUGUGUUGGUGCAAACGCAAGAGCCUGGAGAGGGAAGAUUUUGAUGGGAGCAAUAAUGCUUGCUUGACCCAUACUAAAUGAUUAAAAAAUUGGACUUCUUUAUGUACACUGGAAAGGCCCAUUAAUUUUUGACCCCAAGGAGGUGAUAUGUUAUGAUUUCAGAGGGAGUCUUGAAAGAAAAAAUCUUUGGAAUUUAAGAACAUACGGUUCAUGUUGCCGACCAUAAGUAGCCAAUUCAUGUUUAUGUUGUGAAACAUUUGGUGUAUACGGACUUUAAGAGGUCUUGUAUACGGCUCUUUCGCAUAGAAUGAAUGAGUUUUUUUUUGCUCAAGCACGUGCUGAAUUGUGUUCGAUUCAUACUUUAUAUACAUUCCGUGAAGUGUUUUG